AUGUUGGAACGUUUCUUAAAAAUUCGUGCUGAGGUCAGUAACGUUCUGUUGAAAUUUAAACGUUUACACUUCAAAAAUGCGCUUGCAGUAAGUAAUGCAAUUUCAAAAAUCAAACGGUUGUUGGAGACUAACAUGAGCCAUGAAACACAAGAACCCGAAAAUGAAGUUAAUGAAAAUAUAAAUUUAUGUACUGCUGAUCAGUCGUCAAUUUGGAGUUACCAUAUGCGAUUAGUACAAACCUCUACAGUUACACAAGAAACAGAAAACAAUGAACUGAAACAUUAUUUAACGCAGAAAGUAAUUGAUAUAAAAGAAGACCCAAUUGACUUCUGGAACAAACAUAAGUUAAUUUAUCCUAUGCUUUCAUGCAUUGCAUUUAAAGAUUUGAGUAUUGUAGCAACCUCUAUUCCAGCUGAACGUAUGUUCUCAAAGGCGGCAGUCAUUAUGGAACCCCAUCGCAACAGACUGUUAGGAAGUAGGCUAUCCAAAUUAGUUUACCUCAAUUCUUUAUCAGAUGAAGAUUGGCACUUUUAA